AUGCCCGGGACAGGAGAAGGCAAGGAAAGAAGAACAGCAGACACCCUAAGGCAGCCAAGGAAUGUCCAUGAAGAAAGACACACUACUCCAACAAGAAUGGAAGGUGAAGUUCAUCUGGCAACAAAGUGUAAAGGGAACCAAACAGCCAUCACAGAAUUCAUAAUCUUGGGAUUCUCAAGUUCUGAAAAAGUCCAGGUUAUCCUCUUUUGUGCCUUUUUAGCCACCUACCUUGUGACAGUUGUUGGGAACCUCCUCAUCCUGGUGACGGUGUUGGUUGACCGCAGUCUCCACACCCCGAUGUAUUUCUUUCUGGGAAAUUUAUCCUUCCUGGAGCUCUGGUAUGCGACAAACCUUGCCCCCAGGCUGCUCUCUGGCAUGGUAACCAAGGACAACACGGUAUCGUUCACAGGCUGCAUGGUGCAGUGCAACCUCUUUGGUGCCCUGGCAGUGGCUGAAUGCCUCCUCCUCACCGUGAUGUCCUAUGACCGCUAUGUAGCCAUUUGCCAGCCACUGCAUUACAUGGCUCUCAUGGACAGCAAGGUCUGCACUCUAUUAGCAGCUGGGUCCUGGGCCAGUAGCUUCCUAGGAACAUCGAUAAUCGUGGGUUUGCUCUCUAACUUCCGUUUCAGUGGCCCCAAUGAGAUUGACCAUUUCUUUUGUGACAUCACUUCCCUGAUCAAGCUCUCCUGCUCCGUCACGCGCCUGUUCGAGAGCAUGGUUUUCGCUUUCUCUGCAGCCGUGUCACUGAUCCCGUUCCUCCUAAUCCUGGCAUCCUACGUCUGCAUCCUCAGGGCCAUCCUGGGCAUCCCUUCCACCACAGGCAGGCAGAAGGCCUUUUCCACCUGCUCCUCCCACCUCAUCAUCGUUAGCGUCUUCUACGGGACACUGAUUGCAAUGUACGUGGUGCCUCCGUCGGACCGCUCACUGGUGCUCAGCAAGGUCAUCUCGCUGCUCUACACGGUGGUGACCCCAGCGCUGAACCCCAUUGUCUACAGCUUGAAGAACAAGGAAGUUCAGGAGGCUCUUAAGAGAUCCAUCACACAGGGAACGAGAAAGGAGAAGACCAACGUGCACCUCAUGGAGGAAGGAGAAGGGAAAAAUCAAACACCAGUUUCUGAAUUCAUCCUUUUGGGAUUUGGGAAUCUCCCUGAACAGCAAAUUAUUUUUUUCCUCCUGUUCCUAGGGAUCUACAUUGUCACUAUGUUGGCGAACGCGCUCAUUGUAUCUCUGGUGGUGGCUGAUCAGCACCUCCACACCCCCAUGUAUUUCUUCUUGGGGAACUUGUCCUGCUUGGAGAUUUGUUGCACCUCUACCAUCCUGCCCCGGCUGCUGGCCAGUCUCCUGACUGGGGACCGGACCAUUUCGGUGACCAGCUGUAUGGUGCAAUUCUAUUGGUUUGGUUUCCUAGUGACGGCGGAGUGUUCCCUGCUUGCGGUGAUGUCCUAUGAUCGCUACCUGGCAAUAUGCAGCCCCCUGCACUACGCCAUCCGUAUGAAUAGCAGGAUCCCUUCCACCGCCGGGAAGAAAAAGGCCUUUUCCACCUGCUCCUCUCACCUCAUCGUGGUGACACUGUUCUACGGGACCCUGAUCACCGUCUACAUGUUACCCAACACCGGAGCCCUGAAAGCCCCAAGCAAAGUGUUUUCUGUCUUCUACACGGUGCUCACGCCCCUGAUUAACCCCCUCGUCUACAGCCUGAGAAACAAAGAUGUCAAGGAGGCUGUGUGGAGAACCCUGCAGGAAUGUCGGGUGUUCCUAGGAAAGGUUUGA